CAACAACACAACUCUCCGCCGAGGAGCCACAAGCUCACCCACCACAUGGACGUCCAGCAUCGCAGCUAUGUCAUCGUCGCGCCAGAACCCCAAGUACUACCCGAACGGUGAAAGGAACCCAAGUGGCUCCCGGCCCCGGCCAUCCACUGCGCGCGAUCAAGGAUCGCACUCCCGGAAACAGUCCUCGAGCGAACGUGAGCGGCGCACCGAGAGGAGCAGUACCUUGACCAAGGAGACGGUAACAGUCAAGCGCAACCCGCUGAAGCACUCGAGCGAAAACCGCACAAAUGCUAGGAGGAGCAGAGAGGAAGUAAAGUCGAAGACCAGCAGCUUGGGCGCUUCAAGCACCGCGGAAGACAAGGAGAAGGAACAGCGAGCAGCAUGGAAGCCUGAAGCUUCGCUCGUCCCGUAUACCACCGCUCCGCUCGCCUCAAGAAUCUCGAUUCCCCCACUCGCAUCAUCAGCACCAGCCGAACUUCAGCCCUUGCCACUAAACCAGCUAUCGCUUGAGUCCCAAGAGACGGCAAUCAUUGAAGACUUGUUGUUUGCUUUUAUGGGCUUUGAGGGCCAGUACAUCCGAUUCGAUGCAUCCUAUAACCCUUCCGAGGAGAAGGAUCGGUUGCUUGGGCCUACUUUCCGCAUAUCGUCUGGACUGGAUCCUAGCUUGCGCGAUCUGACAACCUCCAUGCUCAAAAUGGCCACGCACUAUUCGGCCCUGGAAGCUUUCAUCGAGGUGCAAAGCAGGGACGAGUACGGCGCGGUCAACCAUGCGUUAUGCGCUGUUGUUCGCAAGCUUCUGAAGGACUACCUAAUACUCAUGGCUCAGCUUGAGCACCAAAUGUUGACAAAUUCGACAUUCACACUUCAUGUGCUGAAUCUGCAUACUAAACCAACGAGUCACAUGCUAUUCCAAUUAUAUAAUAUGGGUCUGGAGCUGCUUAAGUCGAACGGGCUUCUUGAGGAUGAAAAAGAGGAAGAUUUGGACGAGACGGAUAACAUUGAAGACAUCCUCGAGUCUCUGCGAGAAGGCGGUAGCUUCGGUCAAGGCCCAAUGAGUGGAAAGAGAGUAUGCAAGGGUGGAAGUGUACUUGGCCUAAUAUCGAGGAGAUUGGCAUCAAUGUCUGGAGACCCUAACGCGAGGAUACUACUCACGACUCUACUGCGCGAAGCAAGCAAACCGUACAUGACUAUGCUGAACGAGUGGCUGCACCAUGGAGGUAUCAAGGACCCUCAUGCGGAAUUCUUGAUUAAAGAGCAAAAGAGCAUCAAGCGGGAAAGGCUGGACCAGGACUACACCGAUGAGUAUUGGGAGAAGCGUUACACCAUUCGAGACAAUCUUGUUCCACCGCAGCUGGAGGCCGUAAAGGACAAGGUUCUUCUUGCAGGCAAAUACCUGAACGUUGUCCGUGAAUGCGGUGGUGUCGACGUCAGCAAAACGGUUCAGGAUGUGCCCACCAGCUUCGACGACCCACGAUUUUUGGAGAACGUCAACAACGCGUACGCCUAUGCCAACUCUUCCCUACUGGAUCUACUCUUGACUACCCACGCUCUUCCGGCAAGGUUGCGUUCUCUGAAGCACUACUUCUUCCUGGACCGCUCCGACUUUUUCAGUUAUUUCCUCGAGCUUGGUACAUCUGAGCUCAAGAAGCCCGCUAAAGCUGUCAAUAUUGGCAAGCUCCAGUCGCUACUUGAUAUCGUGCUACGACAACCGGGCAGCGUAGCAGCAGAGGAUCCGUACAAGGAAGAUGUCAAGGUCCAGAUGAACGAAAUAGGUCUGACCAAUUGGCUGAUGAAGAUUGUCACUGUGACCGGCCUCGAUCAGGACGCCGCUGCCGGCAGUUUCUCAAGCUACACUCCCGCCGCCCAAUCUGCCACCAUUACCGACGACAAAGACAUCAUCGGGUUUGACGCACUUGUUCUCGAUUACGCGGUCCCCUUCCCUCUUUCGCUUGUUGUCAGCCGUGUCACGCUUACUCGUUACCAACUCCUCUUCCGCUACCUUCUGUCACUUCGCCAUCUCGAAACCUUACUCGUAGGUAGCUGGGCGGACCACAGCAAGGUUCGCAGCUGGAAGCACCGCAGCUCAAACCCCAAGAUCGAAAUCUGGAAGCGCAAAGCCUGGACGCUGCGGGCUCGCAUGCUUGUAUUCGUUCAACAACUGCUGUACUACAGCACGGCCGAGGUCAUAGAGCCCAACUGGCAGUCGAUGAUUGCCAGACUCAACGCGGGUACUGAUACUCCUGAUCAAGAGGAGACGGGAGGCGAGGCGCAGGUGAAGAGGACAGUCGACGAACUCAUGCAGGACCAUGUUGAUUUCUUGGCGACGUGUCUGAAGGAGUGCAUGCUUACCAACUCUAAGCUGCUGAAGAUCAACUCCAAGAUUCUCAACACCUGCACAAUGUUCGCCAACUACACCAACUCGUUAUCCCGAUACCUCAUCUCUGCUGACGAGGACUUGGCCACGUCGGCCACCAAUGCUCCCUCAUCCUCGACGCGGGAACGCAGCAGCAUGACGUACGACCCGGCCAAGUUGAACAAGAUGGUCGACCUGCUGCAAAAGUACGAAGACAACUUCACUAAGCACCUGCGAAUUCUGCUCGACACGCUCAAUUACUAUGCUGCCACGGAAACGGUCGUGUUUUUGUCGCUGUGCGCCAGGCUGGCGGCGGCGAGCGAGGGACUGGGGAUGAGCGCGAAGGAUACUGUGUAUUGAUGUCGCGAAAAUGCUUUGGUUAAUAGGUAGCGAGGCGUCGGGGUUGCUUCUUUGGACGGUAACUAGGUACGAGUGACCCGUUGGGCAAUGCGAAUGCGAAUGGAUGG